CUUGUGUUUCAUAGCACUAUUCUUCAAUACUCAAGUCUAGUCAUAUAUUUCUUCUCAUUUCCUUUCCCUUUAAUUCUCAAUUUCUCCUCUUUCCUUUCUAUUCCUUUAUCACUAUCUUUAUACCAUGGAGUUACCAAGUAUUGUCAAGUUUCUUGAGAACAGAACCAUUCUUGUUACUGGUGCCACUGGUUUUUUGGCUAAGAUUUUUGUGGAGAAGAUACUUAGGGUUCAACCAAAUGUAAAGAAGCUUUAUCUUCUUCUAAGAGCUGCAGAUGACAAGGCAGCCAUACAACGUUUCAAUACUGAGGUAGUGGCAAAGGACCUAUUUAAGGUUCUAAAAGAAAAAUGUGGGGCAAAUUUUAGCACAUUUGUUUCCCAAAGGACCGCAAUUGUACCAGGUGACAUAACUUGUGAGAAUUUAGGAGUGAAGGACUCCAAUUUGUUGGAUGAGAUGUGGAGGGAAGUAGAUAUUGUUGUUAAUCUAGCUGCAACUACCAAUUUUGAUGAAAGAUAUGAUGUGGCUUUGGGAAUUAAUACAUUUGGAGCUAGACAUGUCCUCAGCUUUGCCAAAAAGUGUAAUAAACUAAAGGUUCUUCUUCAUGUGUCCACUGCAUAUGUAUGUGGUGAAAAGCCAGGAUUGAUGUUGGAGACACCAUACAAUAUGGGUGAGACCCUGAAUGGGACAACAGGGCUAGAUAUUGAAGCAGAGAAGAAAGUGAUGGAAGAAACACUUAAACAACUCAAAGCUGAAGAUGCUUCUGAAAAAGCCAUUACAAUAGCAUUGAAGGAGCUUGGCCUUGAAAGAGCAAGGAAAUAUGGAUGGCCAAACACCUAUGUAUUCACAAAAACAAUGGGAGAAAUGCUUUUGGGAAAUUUGAAAGAAGAUGUACCUCUUGUUAUUGUACGUCCUACUAUCAUAACUAGCACCUUUAAAGAACCUUUUCCUGGUUGGGUUGAAGGUAUCAGAACUAUUGACAGUCUAGCAGUUGGAUACGGUAAAGGAAGAAUAACUUGCUUCCCUGGCAAUCCUAAAACCAUAUUAGAUGCGAUUCCGGCAGAUAUGGUGGUGAAUGCAAUGAUAGUAGCAAUGGUGGCUCAUGCUGAUCAAAGGGGAAGUGAGACCAUAUACCAAGUUGGAUCCUCAGUUUCAAACCCUUUGGAAAUCACUAAUCUUAAAGAAUAUGGAUUCAAUUACUUCACGAAAUAUCCAUGGAUUAACAAAGUGGAUGGAAAACCUAUUAUUGUUGGCCAAGUUACAAUGUUGAAUACUAUGGAUAGUUUUCGCAAAUACAUGGCCCUUCAUUACUUGCUUCCUUUGAAGGGAUUGGAAAUAGUUAACACAGCAUGUUGCCAAUACUUCCAAGGCAAAUACUUGGAACUUUACAGGAAAAUCAAAUUUGUAAUGAGGUUGAUAGACCUUUAUGGACCCUACUUAUUCUUCAAGUCAAUAUUCGACGAUUUAAAUACAGAAAAAUUGCGUAUGGUAGCAAAAGAGAGUGGCGUUGAAACGGACAUAUUCUACUUUGAUCCCAAGACUAUCAACUGGGAAGAUUAUUUCAUGAAAACUCAUCUUCCUGGAGUUGUAAGAUACGUGUUUAAGUAAUUAAUUAAUUAAUGCUGAAAUUUGAUCAGUAAUACACAAUUAAGAUGAUUUAUAUUGCUAGAGAGAUUUAAAGUUAUACCAUUUUAAAUUGUAUCAAAUUUUACGUUGCUAGCUGUUACGAAUUUCAUUCAGUGUAUCCAUUUCAAUUUGUUGUAUCAUUAUCCCUAUUUGUUCUGAAAAAUGUUAUAGCAAACUGAAGAAAGCAUUUAUCUAUAAAAUAAUUGCGUUUCUUCUUCC